AUGUAUGAGCUACAAGUUGAAGAAGAAAUGGAAAUCUAUAGCCCCACCCCUGAAGACUUUGAUGAUGCGGAAACGCGAUUAAACCCAACACUGAGAGAAUUACAAGAAUGUCUCGAGGAGUGGGAUUUUUUAAGUCAACCAGAAAUACCAGUUCGGGCGAGUCGUUCUCAAGAGAGGCAAGGAGCUCGUGUCAGGCGACGAGUCAUCACUCCAGAGGGCCACCGAGACCACGACCCCGAGCAGGCUUCACCGUCGUUGGAAGGACGAGCACAACAGGGCCAAGGAAUAUUUCGACGAUUGCAAUCAAGCCUACAUUCGAGUAACUACUUCCCUGAAAGCCGCUAUCAAGGGGUUGUCACUGUGGAAGCAAAUGCAGACGCCGCCGACUAUGAAGAAGAACUUGUCCGUCUCUUGCAAAGCGUGGUUGACGACACAAUUGAAAAAAGUAAGUUCCUAAAAAAAAAAAAAAAAAUUUUUUAUUGUUGCUUUUAGCUCUUGAAGCACGACCCAACCGUAGAAUAACACAUGUCAAUUUGGGCAUUGAGUCGGAGGCCCUCGAGAGCGGAAUUUAUUCAGGGUUUGUGCCAGAAAACGAUUUUGAUGUACGCAGAAUUUUCACCCGUUUCGAAAAAGUGCAACAGUCGUCAAAAACCGCAAAUUUGUUCGAAAAGCCCAUUACCAUCAAAUGCACAGUCUGUUCAACGAUUAGCGGAGGAGCCGACAGGCAAGGUGUCGGUGGCUUUGCAAAUGGGCUUUAUCAUUUGGUAAACACGAAAGGAGAAUGUCUGCCACUUUCCAUCAUUUGUGGAUUGCUUUAUAAACUUCCAAACAUGCCUCGACCCGCCCGAAUGAUGCAAAGAAUUGCCGACCAAAACAAAGCCAGCGACACAUACAAAAACUACUACCAAGCAAUGAUGGAGGCCACCAAAAUCAAAAAUCCUGAGAGAGAUGCGUUUCAAUUGGUGAUCAUGCGAAUUGAGGCCUACCUGAACAAUCAAUACCGAGAUUUGGCGCCAUUUCAAGUGGUUGUUCACGCAACCGAGAACUUUCACGACCUUCCCCUGUAUCCAAGCGUUAGCCGAAGAGUUGGAAUUCAAGCCAAGACUAUAAUUCCAAUUUUCUUUGAUGAGGAACGUGAGCAUUUUGAUCCGAUCAUAAAGCCGACAAAAUUCUUUGGAGCCAGAAAUGUGUGUUAUAAAUGUUUGAGCACAUACUCACAUCAACAAGAGCACCGAGCUUCAUGUGUGGAUAAGUGUUGUUUUUGCGGAAGAGUUGGACAAGGUCCUUGUGUUCAUGUUGGAAGAGCUAAAUAUUGUGACCAAUGUAAUGGAUUCUUCCCGAACAAUGAUUGUUAUGUGGUUCACCAGAGGCGAAUGUGUCGUCAAUACGCAACCUGCCAAAAGUGUAAGAAACGCUACGCCCAGAGACAUGAGGAACAUCAAUGUGGCUACGUCUACUGCUUCAAGUGCUACUCAUACCACAAAGAAGACGGUGAUUGUUUCAUUAAACCGCUUGAGCCCCCUGAAGAGGAGCCCGUCUACAAAGUUGUCGCGUUUGAUUUUGAAACACGCCAAGAAGAUGAAAUUGGUGAUGGAGUCUUUGACCAUUGUGUCAAUUUUGCCGCCUUAAUGACUAUGUGCAAUGAGCGCAUGAAUUCCGGAGAGUGGAUGAAAUCGGAUGGAUCCUGUCGUGCCUGUCCCAAUAGCAUUCAAUGGUAUUCAACGCCAGAAGACUGUAAGUUUCUCCACGGGUUGACAAGUCGUUUUAGCAACCGUUGAUCCUGUAAUGGAAAUGUGGAAAUAUCUGAAGGAGAUAACAGCCAAAGGGGAGACAACACUAGCGGUCGCCCAUAAUGGAGGGCGUUUUGAUUUCACCCUAUUGUUGAGAGCCAUUUUCAAGGAUAAUUGUAAGUAAUUUCUAUAAAAAAUGCAUCUUGUUUGUUAUAGCGCAUCGUCGGCCGAGUAUUAUUGCCAACGGCGAAAAAAUGUACAAAAUUACCGUAAAUGGGGGUAGAAAAUUUGGAAAGAUUAUACUGGUCGACUCUUUAAACCAUCUUCCAAUGAAGUUGGCCAAACUCCCGCAAGUCUAUCCACUGCCUGAAGAGUUGGGUGUGGAAGGAAAGGGCGACUUCCCCCACUGCUGGAACAAGGAAUGCAAUUACGAAUAUGAAGGACCUUUGCCUCCAAAGUCGGCAUAUCAGUGAGUUUUUGAGAAAGUGGUUUAUUCUGUCGUUUAGAUAUGACGACAUGGAAGACGCCAAAAAACAAAAAUUCGAUCAAUGGUAUCAAGAGAACAGUGGCAAACUCUUCAAUUUUAAAGAGGAACUCAAAAAAUACUGUAUCAUUGACGUGAAAGUUUUGGCCAACGCGAUUGCUAGUCACAGGCGUGAAUGCCGGAUAAUCCGUGGUCAUCCCACCGACGAUGUGUGGUAUUACAGCUGCACUUUGGCGGGCAGCGUGAUGAGAGAUUUCCGAAUGUCUGAUUUGCCGGAGAACACACUUAUUAUUCAAAACGAAUCCGCAUUUGGCUCAAAAAUCAACCAAAGUAGGACGGGCUUGAAAUUUUUGCGAUGGAUUCGCAAAAAAUACUUUUCCAACCUACAGUUCAGAGACUGCCCGAAUGGAGAGAAAACGGUCCGGGUAUGGGAUCCUGAGAAGAGGAAACAACGUCGAUUUUCGGUAGACGGAUAUGUUGAAGGAAUUGACGGCGGCAAAAACUUGAUCAUCGAAUACAAUGGUUGCGUUUGGCACGGAUGCGAGAAAUGUGUCCCAAACGCGGAUACGGUUUUGCCGAAUGGAAAGACUCGCCAAGAUACACGAAAACAAAAUGAAAAGAGAGUCCAACUGCUCCGUAACGCCGGAUAUGAUGUGGUGGAAUACUGGGAAUGCGAGAUCAAGGCUGAGUUGUUGGAGAAUGAAGAAAUGCAGGAAUUUUUUGAAGACGAAAUUCAGAAUGCCGCACCGGCUCAUCCCCGUGAAGCCUUUGCCGGAGGAAGAACAGCCGCACUGUCAUUGUGGGCCGACUCCAAUGAUCGAUACGAGAUCGGCUACUACGACAGCAACUCGCUUUAUCCCUCGACCCUUGUGAACAAGGCAAUGCCCACCGGAAGAGUUAAAGUGAUCCCCUUGAACAGAGCCGUCGACUGGCGAAGCGCAGCCCAAAUGUUCGCCGACUGCGGCCAAAUGCAUGGAAUCUACAAGGUCUUUGUCAUCCCUCCCCGAAAAUGCUACUACCCCGUGAUUCCCACCCGAAUUCAGAAGACUUUAAUCUACCCGUUGUGCUACAAGUGUGCGAACAAGUUUGCUGGCCGUUCGUUCGUGGGAAAGCAUGAGGCUCGUUGUGAGCACUCGGAUGAGGAGCGAGGCUUCAUCACCACCGUCACCAGUUUGGAGUUGGCUGUGGCCCUGGACGACGCGGGCUACAGAGUCACUCACAUCAUGGAGAAGAUCGAGUUCGAGAAAAUGGACUCGGAACUGUUCAGAGCCCCCGUGCUCCGAUACUACAAGAAGAAGAUGGAGGCAAGCGGCCCGGAAGGCCGAAACGAUGAACAGAUUGAGGAGUUCAUCGCGGAAGCCCAGCGCCGCUAUGGCUUCCUGAUGAGGAAGGAGGACUUGGCGUUGAACGCAGCAAUGCGUUUCAACUCCAAGAUUAUCCUCAAUAGUUUCUGGGGGAAGUUUUCGAUGAGGAGUCGAUUGACUCGCGUAAGUCCUAAUUUUUUCUUUUGUUUCUCGUUUUUUUCAGAUCGAGAUAUGCAAGAGCCCAGAGGACUAUGUUCGUCUGAUGAUGGAUGAUAGUCAUCAGGUAUUGCGGACAACGAUCAUCAACGAAACAACGAUGAUGUUCUUCCUCAAACCCAAGGAGGAAUAUGUGCAGGACUUGGACUUUAAUAAUAUCUUUGUCCCAUUAUGGACGACAGCAGCGGCACGCCUCUACCUCUACGAGGGGAUGAGGCAAUGUGAAAAGGCAGGGGCCGUCGUCUUGUACCACGACACGGGUAAGUCCAAGAAUGUGAAAAAAUCUUUACUUUUUGGAUUCUCUAUUAAUUCGACACCACCGAGGCCAGCCCCCAAUUCAAACAGGGUCCUUCUUGGGCGAAUGGAAGAACGAGUUCCCCGACCAUGAAAUUUUGGAGUUUGUCGCCGGAGGCCCGAAACAAUACUUCCUCAAGCUUCGCAGCAAGACCAACCCCGAAGAAAUCAGCUACAAAAGCUGCAUCAGAGGUUUUACGAUGACCCGCCAGGCCAAACAAUGUCUGGCAUUCGAUCGAUUCAAGGAAAUGGUUCUCGACAACCAACGACAUCAUCAACAGCCGAUUCCAACCGUGCAGUUCCGGCCUUCAAUGCGGGAGCAAAAAGUGCGUACUGUACAUUCGACCAAGGUCUACAAGGCAUGCAACACAAAAGGCUAUGUUCAUGAUUUACGAGUUUAUCCCUUUGGUUAUGAUUUAGACGGUGAAUAA